CUGACAGAGUGUUCAGUCUUGAUCGCGAUCGACGUGAAUAAUCUCAUCUAACAGAAAUGGUAUCAGUCACAGGCAACGUCAACGCUAACGCUGCUCCUACUGUGGAUGAAAAGACUUGGGUGCAGCUUCAUAACUGGGCUGACUCAACCACACAAGAAUGGACCAAGCAAAUCAAGGCGGUGAUGACACGACAGCAGCGCUGCGAGAAUAUGGCGCGUCUGCGUGUCCUGAAGAAGAGCGAGUUCCUGCAGCUAAGAAAAGAACGGGAACAACUCGAAUCCCAAGUCAAAAAAUGCCUGGCGACUAUGAAUCGUGAGGGCAACACUUCGAGUGAACUGUACCGUGCAGUGCACCGCCUUGCUCUCGAGUGUGACUCUCUACGUACGAAGAACGUGGAACUUAUGGAGGAGAUCCAGCAACAAGAGCGAUUUCAGUCUCUAGUACAAGCUCGAGCUAUUGGUGUGAUCCAGGAUGAGACAGAAGACAUCGACAGCAGCUCUCCAAACGUUUAUACAGCAAGUAAAUCGUCGCCUUGGGUCUCCAGUUCUGAUCACGACGACGGAUGGCGUGUCAAGUUUCCGAAUGGAGAACCAUCUUUCCACUUCCACCCGUUCACUAAAGCCGAGUACGACACUGUCAUGCUAAACUGUGAUAAUAAGUUUAGUGCCAAGUCUGCAGUUGCUGGGCAUUUGUUCGGCUGGACGGUGUAUCACGCUCCACUGACGAGGAGACUGGACAACUCUCUAGUCGGCCACGCUCGACUGUCUGCUCGCGUUUGCUGCUCGUUCGAUGAGGCCGAUGCUGCUGUUUCUCCGUCCAAAUUAAAUGAGUGGCCGCUUGUGUUCACGCCACCGAACUGGAGUCACAGCCAGCGAUCUGUUGUCAGUAUCCAAGUGCUGCAGUCGUUUGCGAUGGACGCUCACGUGCUGGUGUGCAACAUUCCUGGUCCAGUUCACACCCGCUACUUCCAGUUUGCUAGACGGCAGCUGAAGGUCGAAGCCAAUGGCAAACGCUCGUUCACGUGCUCUCUCGUUCUGGCUGACUCAAAAGAGAAUGCAAGCAGUCGAGCAGCUGAAGAACCACAGCCAGACGUCAAGUGGAUUAACGAAGGAGGCGCGCGCAUGAAGUUCACAGAGGUUGAUGACACCACAAUCGAUGUCCACUGUGACACGUGGGCUAGCUGUGAAGACGAACUGCACGCUCGCCACCUUUUCAUCCGCUGGGCUCAGUUUGUUUGUCGCUGGUCUCAAGGGAUGAUGGCAUCGAAGCUGAUCGAAGGAGAUGUAUAACAGGAGAGUUAAGUCUUAAGGCUUACUUCUUUACUAUAGUGUAGUAACCAGAUACUGGCACCUUAUCCCCCUUCAUUCUACAGUAAACCUGUCAAGUAAUCCAGAAUUGUGAGGACUAGGAAAUAACAAGACUAGUGGAUACUUACUAGUUAGUAGCCAAAGAUUGCGUGAGUCUUUAUCUCGUCCAAGUUUAGUCACACUGACGAUGAAUAGUCCC